CAUCCCUACAUACACGCAUAGUCCGCAGUAUCGAUCCAGAGAAUGUUUGUCGGCAGUCAUGUAGUGGUUAGCUUAUCAAUUUAAACCCGAAUACCACUCCAGAGGUAAUAAAGAUGUUAACAGAGCUGAUUCAGUGCGAGUCGUACGGCAGUGAAGUUCGCAACGCCAAGAUGACCCCGGAACAGUUUAACCUGCAUCGACCGGAGCUGGAAGGCAUCGUGAAGCGAUACUUUGACAAUCCCAAGCUUCGCUGCGAGAUUCGGUCCGCGGAGGUGACUCCGUUCAGCAAGAGUCGCGUCGGAUAUCUCGGGGAUCACUUUGUACUGGAGUUGGUUGUUCUGCGGGUUGGUGAGAGUGAGGAAGAUACGCUGAACUUCUUCUUCAAGAUUCUACCGAGUUCGAUACCGGCGUUGAACGAAUACCUGAGUGGGAUUGGGACGUUCCGUAAGGAAUGUCGCUUGUACAGCGACCUCUUCCCACGUCUUGCCCAGUUUGCCCGGUUCGCCCCGAAGUCUUAUCUGGCGAAAGAUGACCAGCUGUUGGUGUUUGAGAACCUCAAACUGCAGGGCUACACCACCAUCAACUGCGCCGAACUGGGAAUCUUCGAUAAGGCACAUCUGGAGCAGGCACUGUGUGCCCUGGCCAAAUUCCACUGCGCCUCGUUGAUGGUGGAGACCAAGACGGGGAGGACGCUACCGGAGCUGUGUCCUGGCGCUCUGGACGAGAACUGCUGGAUUCGUCGGGAUGGCAAUCCACGCGUCCAGGAGUUGGAAAACGCCAUCGAAGUCCUGAGCGAGCUCGUGAAGGUCGUCGAAAGGGAUAACCCUAACCUGCCGGACAUCCUAACCAAACUGCCCGACUUUAUCUUUCAAAUCUACGACCUCGUGAAGCCAUCCGAGGUGUUCCGAAACGUCGCUUGCCACGGCGAUCUUUGGGGUAGCAACCUGAUGUUCCGGUACUCAACCCCUGACGGACCGCCAGAGGACUGCCUGAUCGUGGACUUUCAGUUUGCGCGUUACGCACCUCCCGCGUACGACGUAAACAUGCUGAUCCACCUUACGACCACCGGGGAGUUCCGAAAGCAGCAUUACGACGAGCUGAUCGAUUUGUACUACCGAACAGUUCGAAGUCAGUUCAUUGCGCAGUGCCUAUCGCCGGAGGAGAUCUUCCCGGAGAAGCAGUUCCGGCAGUCUUGUGGCAAGUAUAGGAUCUCUGGAUUGAUCGACAACUUCCUGAUGAACCACGUAACCUUGCUACCCAGAAGCUGCGUAGAUCAGAUCUUUUCCUCUCCGGAAGAGUACAACAACUUCAGCGGGGAGGACAAGAUCCGGAUGUGUUUGAAUGUUCUAAACAGUGAUACGCAGUACAGAGCGAGGAUCACCGGAAUAAUCCGGGAUCUGAUCGCGGCUUUGUAUCAGCCGUCCGAAGACGGAUCCAUGUCGCACAACCCAACCCAACAGUCACCGAUAGCAGUCGACCCAGCGCGAACCAUGGUAGUGAAACCGUCCGACCUUGGCCUGGUUAGCGCCGAUCUGGAACUAAUAGUCCGACGCGUCUUUGGCGAGUCCGUGCUUCACCACGCGAUCCAGCACGCCUGGAUCGAGCCGUUCGGUGGGAGUCCGGACGGCUUCUUGGCGGACCAUCUCGCGCUGAAGAUGCUCCUCACGCUGAAUGGAUCACGCAACGAGGAGCUUUCGCUGUUUGUGAAGGUGAUUCCGGCGGCGAACGCAACGCUGGCGGGGUAUUUGGUUGAGAUCGGGAGUUUUAGGAAGGAGGUCGCGCUUUGUGAGCAGAUUAUACCGAAGAUUGGACUGGCGAUUCCGGGGGAGAAGUUUGUUCCGAAGUAUUUGCUGACGAAGGAGGAUCGACUGAUCGUGAUGGAGAACGUGAAGCUGCAAGGGUACGAUAUCUUGAAGGGGAAUAGCGGACUGAUGGACUACGAUCACUUGAAGAAGGCGUUUGAAGCGUUGGCGCAUAUGCACGCGGGAUCGAUUCUUUUUGAAGAGCGGGAAUCAAAGGGGUUGCUGGAGCUGUAUCCGGAUGCGUUGAAGGAGAACGCCUGGACGGGGAUCGAGGGGAGCAUCCGGACCCGGGAUGUCGAGAAUGUGAUCGUGCUGUGGUGUGAGUUCUUCCGAGUGGUUGAACGGAACUCCGGUAGGCUUGCGGAGAUUAUAGCAGCGCUUCCCGGAGUGAUCCGGAGUCUGUAUGGAUACGUCAAAUCCUCCACUGUUUGGCGUAACGUCUUCUGUCACGGCGAUCUCUGGAACAACAAUGUGAUGUUCAAGCAUGGUUCCAGCGGUGAACCCGUAGGAUGUAUUCUCGUUGAUUUCCAGCUGUCCCGAUACACGCCUCCGGCGUACGAUCUCAGCCUACUUCUAUCGCUUACCACAAUGUACGAGUUCCGAUCCCAACAUAUGGACUCCCUAAUAGAUCACUACUACGAAGUAUUUGCGGGACAUCUAACUGCGAACGGAUUCGAUCCCGCAAGUAUCUACUCGAAGCAAACCUUUCUCGAGUGUUGCCGGUACUACCGUCUAGCCGGUCAAAUCCACGGCUGCAUCAUCGGUCCGGAAGUCAUGCUGGCGCAGUGUUACCUGGACGAGGUAUUUAUGUUGUCGGAGGACUGCGCCGGAUUCAUGCCACUCUCCAAGGUGAAGAUCUGUUUGAAGGCGUUCCAAGCGGAUGGGGCGUACCGGGAUCGGCUGCUGGACAUGAUUCAGGAGUUGCUUCCGAAUACAGAAGUCGUAGUACGUCUGCGGGUGGUUGACCCGGAGGUCGUGCAGAUAUCCCUCGGGAAGAUUCACGAACGCCAGCAGUACUCCGGACCACAGCAAUCCCACCAAGCGCUUGAAGGUUCGCAGUUUGUUUGCGAGUUGAUCGUGGUAAAAGUUGAGGUAGUGAUCGAAGAACUCGUCUCGGUGGGAUCUUCUAGUAGUAAGGUAGAGUGUGAGCAGGAAGUCGAUGAUCGGAGGAAGGUAGCGACAGAUUUGGAAGUCCAGGAGGACGCAAGCUGUGGGGGAUUGAUCCUCGUUGAACUGGAACAUUACGUUGUUCAACCAGAUAUCUCGAUGAACGAGGACGUUCUGAUACUGUCUCCGUCUUCCGGCCAGAUUGUACUCGUGAUUCAGCGAACAGGCAUGCAUCUGAGCUACGGCAUCCAACACCAGAUGCAAAUGAGGCUGAUCGAGUGCGGUUUUGUAAUGCACCAUGGUGAAUCCAUUGUGCCACUUUACGUCCUCCAGCACGAUCAGAUCGUCCCGCGUGUAGUAGCAAUCCGGGCGCCACUUGGACGAUCCCUCGUUGUUGCCGAACUUGGACAGAAUCUCCGAGUAGACGCGAACCUCCUUCCGGAAGAAGCCCAUUUCUUCCAUCAUCUCGCGCUGGUUCUUAUCGCCCAGUGGGAGCGAUUUGAUAAAGGCACGUUUUUGCCCACCUCGGUCGUUCGUUCGGUUAUCAGUUCGCGUAGAGUGUCUCUCGGCCGCGCCAUGAAUCUUACCACGUGUGGCCUCACCGAGGAGGACGUCGAGCUGAUAGUGAAGCGCUUUCUGCAGGAAAAACGUGACAAAUAUAACGCAAAAUUUCGAGUGCUUUCGUAUCGCGUCGAUCGGCUCAGCGAGGAACCAAUCGGCUACCUAGGAGAUCAUUACUUUUUAAACGUUGUACUUAGAGAAAAAAUGGUACACUAUUCGGAGGAGGAGGAAGAGUACGCGGAAGAGGAAUAUCUCAGCUUCUUCAUGAAGAUCCUGCCCGAGCAGGUCCCAAAACUGGCCGAUUACGUUAAAGAGAUGGGUUGUUUCAAAAAAGAAAUCCAACUCUACACCCACUUAAUCCCACGCCUUCAAGACGUGGCCAUCGGCACCAAACCGUUCGCCCCGCGAGCCUACCUCACCAAAGAGGACAAAAUGCUCGUCUUCGAGAACCUCAAAGUCGAAGGCUACCGAAUGGUGGAAAACAACAAAAGUCUCCUGGACUACGCCCACCUCGAGGUAGCCCUCAAAACCGUAGCCAAACUUCACGCCGCGUCCCUCGUCCUCGAAGAACGCACCAAACAACCCAUCACCAAACUCUACUCCGGACACCUCAACGAGAACGUGUACAUCGACGACGAAAAGUACGUCCGCAAAACGAACCUGGACAACGCCAUCAAAGCCCUCAGCGAGCUCAUUAAGCGCAUCGACAAAUACAAAAACUCCGACCAGCUCGGGCUCAUCUUGGAAAAGUUCCCCGCAGUGAUUAGGAAAAUUUACGACUUUGCAAAACCUUCCACGCGGUAUCGCAACGUGUUUAACCACGGCGAUCUGUGGAACAACAAUCUGAUGUUCAAGUACGAGGAGCUGGAUAAGUCGUCACGCGCAAAUAGUGAUGCUGUCCCAACCGACGCCCUGCUCGUCGACUACCAGUUCUCUCGUCUCGCCCCGCCGGCUUACGAUGUAAUGUCGCUUAUCAUGUUGUCCACGCUAAGUCCCUUCCGGCAGUGUCAUCUCGAGUCCCUUAAAUCGGCCUACUACGACGCGCUCUGCUCGAUUCUGCGCCAAAAUUCCCUCCCCGCCGACGUGGACCAACUGCUUUCGCGGCAAGUUUUUCUCGAAUCGUGCUCGGAAUACCACCUGGCGGGUUUGAUCGAAAGCUGUAUGUACUUUCACUGGCCACCAAUGCCCGACUGUUACGAGAUGGCACCCGGGACGGACUGGUUCGACGAGUCCCGGAAGCCGGAGGUGUUUGUGAAGGCGUGCAUCAACGGGUUCGAGCGGUACGAGGACUAUCGGCACCGGAUAAGUGAUAUGGUGACGCAGAUUGUGGACGGGUACAUUUUAAGCUAAUAAAACUAGGAAAGGGUAUUGUUGUAUAAAAUUAUUUGUUUGUAAAAUCUCUGUUGUAGCCUGUUUUUAAUUAUAUACAUAUAUAAAUGGAGUAUUUCCUACAACCAAA